AUGCGUCGUACAAAUCCUCCGGUUCCUUACGUACCACAAGGUGACCUUCGAAAAACAAUUUUAAAUAUUUAUCACGAUACUGCAGCGAAUGGUGCUCAUUUCGGAAGAGAUAAAACUAUGUACAAAAUGAAACAACGUUAUUUUUGGCCUUCAAUGUAUAAAGACAUUGGUAAUUAUGUUAAAUCAUGCAUUUUAUGUGCGCAAUUUAAUCAUCGUCGACAAAAAACUCCUCGUACCUUAAAACCUAUUCAACCUCCCGAUGCAGUUUGGCAAUUAGUAGCUAUGGAUUAUCAUGGACCUAUUGCUCCAACAACUCAACGUGGACAUAAAUAUAUUUUAUCUCUUACCGAUAUAUUAUCAAAAUUUGUUAUUACAAACGCCGUACGCGAUAAUACGACUCGUACAGUUGUUAGAUUUCUUAAAGAAGAUGUUAUUUCAAAAUUUGGAACACCUCGAUGUAUUCUUACCGCGCCCCAGGUCGAGCAUUACGACGACUAUAUGCGGCCGUAA